AUGCAGGCGGGCGUGGACAAGCUGGCGAGCGUGGUAGGCGUGACCCUGGGCCCCAAGGGUCGCAACGUGGUGCUGGAGACCAAGUACGGCUCCCCCAAGAUCGUGAACGACGGCGUGACCGUGGCGCGCGAGGUGGAGCUGGAGGACCCCGUGGAGAACAUCGGGGCCAAGCUGGUGCGCCAGGCGGCCUCCAAGACCAACGACCUGGCUGGGGACGGGACCACAACGGCCACCAUCCUGGCGGCGGGCAUCAUUCAGGAGGGCAUGAAGAUCGUGGCGGCGGGGGUGAACCCCGUCCAGGUCAUCCGCGGGCUGGAGCGCACGGUGACGCACCUGGUGGCCGAGCUGGCCGCGCUUUCCACCGAGGUCUCCGACAACGAGCUGCGCGACGUAGCCACCGUGUCGGCCGGCGGCAACGCCGUCAUCGGCGAGCUCAUCGCGUCGGCCAUGGCGCGCGUAGGGCGCGCGGGGGUGGUGACCAUGGAGGAGUCCAAGACCGCGGAGGACAGCCUGCAGGUGGUGGAGGGCAUGCAGUUCGACCGCGGCUACAUCUCGCCCUACUUUGUCACCGACCCGGAGCGCAUGGUGGCCGAGUACGAGGGCUGCCGCCUGCUGCUGGUGGACCGCAAGAUCGCCACCGCGCGCGACAUGGUGGGUGUGCUGGAGGGUGCCAUCCGCGGCGGCUACCCGCUCCUCAUCAUGGCUGAGGACAUCGAGCAGGAGGCGCUGGCCACGCUGGUGGUGAACAAGCUGCGCGGCGCGCUCAAGGUGGUGGCCGUCAAGGCCCCCGGCUUCGGCGAGCGCAAGACCUCCUACCUGGAGGACAUCGCCAUCCUCACCGGCGGCACCGUGGUGAAGGAGGAGAUGGGUGUGUCCCUGGACGGCGCGGGGGAGGAGGUGCUGGGCACGGCGGCCAAGAUCUCCGUCUCCAAGGAGAGCCUGACCAUCGUGGGGGACAGCUCCACCGCGGAGGCCAUCGCUGCGCGCGUGCGCCAGAUCCGCAACAUGGCCGCCGAGACGGAGGCCGAGUACGAGAAGGAGAAGCUGAACGAGCGCGUGGCGCGCCUGUCCGGCGGCGUGGCUGUCAUCCAGGUGGGCGCCCAGACCGAGACUGAGCUGAAGGAGAAGAAGCUGCGCGUGGAGGACGCGCUGAACGCCACCAAGGCCGCGGUGGAGGAGGGCAUCGUCACCGGCGGCGGCUGCACCCUGCUCCAGCUGGCGCAGCGCAUCGACGCCUUCCGCGGCAGCCUGGACAACGACGAGCAGCGCAUGGGCGCCGACAUCCUGCGCCGCGCGCUGCCCUAUCCGCUCAAGCUCAUCGCCUCCAACGCGGGCGACAACGGGUCGGUGGUCAUGCAGCGUGUGCUGGACGGCGGGUCGCCCGCCUUCGGCUACAACGCGGCAACUGGCGCGUACGAGGACCUGCUGGCCGCGGGCAUCAUCGAUCCCGCCAAGGUCAUCCGCUGCGCGCUGGAGAAUGCCGCGUCCGUGGCCAAGACCUUCCUCACCUCCUCCGUCAUCGUCACCGAGAUCCCGCAGGAGGAGGGCGCGGCAGCUGCCCCGGCCGACGGCGGCUACGGCGGCUACUGA